CAUUCCUCAAUUUUUCUAGUCUAGCCCGUAGAAAUAAUUUGCACUUCACAUAAACAAAAAAAUGUUUUUCGUUAAAAUCUUAUUACUUUUUUAUUUAAUUUCACCAUCGUUGCAACAAAAUGAAGAAUUCCACGAAGAAUUAUAUGUGAAGCCCUUGGCCAGUGGUCAUGUGAAUACAUAUUUUCAAUUUGCCACACGAUGGAAACUUGGUGCCGGCGAAAAUUUACACAACACUAAUUUCAUUCCACGAGCUAUUGCUGAAAUUCUGUUGCAUUUCGACUUGAAAGAGCUCCACAUUAGUCUCACUCAGGGCUUGUGGCGUUACGAAAGUUGGGGCUAUCCAGUCGUAGAUGCCCCACCCGGCGCCGAAGCUUGGGCUUGGUUCAGUGGCACUAACCUAACCCAAUCGGCUGUAGACUCACAAUGGAAAGAUUUAGCUAGCACCUUCUCUGGGAUUUUGUGUUCCUCGUUGAACUUUAUUGACAAGACAAACAGCGUCGAACCAAAGUACUCAUUCAGACCACGAUUUGGAUCGACUAAUCAGGAGAAGUUUAUAAGGUAUUCCUCAUUACCACGAGAGAUAGUUUGCACAGAGAAUUUGACUCCAUGGAAGAAACUUCUUCCAUGUGCCAGCAAAAACGGAUUUGUUUCGUUGCUCAAUUCAGGAUUUGUUCACAACACAAACUUCCAUUCUCUGGGAAUAUCGUUGCGUACUUUCUGCGAUGAAUUCUCCGAAGGUUGUCUCAUUGAACUUGUCCAAACUGCAAAUCUUGUCUAUGAUCCGAAACUUUUGGGAAGUAAUGAUUUCUCUCUGCGAAAGAUGUUUGGUCAGGGAAUGAAUGGAGCUUGUCCAUUGGCCAGUUCAAGUAAGGUUUAUGUUGAUAUAACCAACAACAAAUACACUCUUACUCCUGCGCCCAAUUCCAAUUUCACCUCGAUUCGUGGAGGGAGCACAGUCAACUUUGGAGUUUAUGAUAUUCAGAAGGAAACUCCAAAUAAGCUAUUCAAUGUGGCAUGGGUCCUAAAGGAUAAGAAAGUACAAGUACCUCAAUCGCUGGCUCCUCCAAUCUAUGCCCAUCGGUACAUUCUAGGUCAUGGACAAGAAAAUGGACAGAUUGUUACCCAAAUAACCAACACCCAUUGGGAACCUUUGAAUAUUCUACUUCAAGAAAACAUUCCUUGGUUUGUGCCCUCCUAUCUGCACACUCUGAAAGUAAUGAAUGGAGAAACACCAAUCAAACCGACUGAAGUUCACUACAUUCCAGGUGUUCAACGUGAACGUCCCUAUCAUCUUGAAAUCGCAUUUAGAAUUCCAGCCAAGUCCAGUGUGCAGGUGUCAUUUGACUUUGAUUACAUAUUCCUCAAGUGGCUGGAGUAUCCUCCAGAUGCAAAUCAUGGUCAUUAUCUAGGCUCAGCGGUGAUAACUACACUACUCCCCAUCGGAAGGAACUACACAGCUAUUCCAAUUGAUGGAUUUUUAUUCGCUGAUUGUUUCAACGCCAGUCGGUCUUCGUACUUUUUGCAAAUUCGAACAGAAUCAUUGAUUCUUUCACUACCAACGCCCGACUUUAGUAUGCCGUACAAUGUUAUUUGUUUGGCGUGUACGGGUGUGGCAUUGGCAUUUGGCCCGAUACACAGUGUGGCAACUAAAAAGAUUGUUAUCGAAAAUAAAGACGAGCCACAAACUUUAUUGGGAAAGCUUAAAGCUAAGCUUUUUGGUAAGAAGUCCAAAGAUGUUAAAGAAAGCGAUGUUGAUGCUGAUGGUGCAGGUGAAACUGAUCAACUAGCCGAUAUGGAGGAGAAGGAGGAGUAGACGAAUAAAAUUUGCUUUUAUUAGUAUGUAUUUUUUUUUUUUUAUUUAAUUUGUUUUACUUAAAAAUAUGAUCAAUAAAUAAAUGGAGUUUUUAUUGUACAUAACUG